AUGAUGAAAAAAAUAGGCAAAGAAUAUAGUGAUUCAAACAAAUCAAUUGAAGAAUGUGAAAUUGAGUCAUUAACAAAAAAAGAAGUUUUCGAAUAAUUAUAAAUAAGUUGUGAUAAAGAAGAGUUUCUUUGUUUAAAUUCUAAUUAAAUAGAAAUUAAAGAUAAUUUAGACUUAUAGCUAACUCAGAAUGAAAAUAAUAGUGUAUAAAAAACCACUAUUGCUGGAAUCAAAUUAAAAAAUAAAUUUAAUAACAUUUUAAUGAAAAAAAGCCUCCAAGAACUAUCGGAAUGCCAAGUACCUAGAAAUCGAGAGAUUAUGUCUUAUAAAAUGAAUGUAAAUCAAAACUAUUUAUUAUACUGA